CCUGCAGUGCAGACCUCUCACAACGCGUUUCCCUCAAGCUCAUGGCGGCGCAUCAAAGGAGCGCGCAGAAAAGUCACGUGACAGCCUGUUAGCACGUGACCCCUAUGUCAUUCUACCCACUGCAUUCGGGCUCCGUCAGUGUGCGAUGCGGGGCAGACUGUAAACACCACCGGGCCUGCAGCAUGUUCCCCACUCCCGUGUACUCCCAUGUCGGCCGAGGAGCCUUCGCUGACGUGUACGACCCAGCAGAGGACACCUUUCUUUUAAUUGAUGCCUUGGAAAAGGAGGCAGAGCUGCUGAAAUCCGGAGUGGAGAUCUGCCUAGAAAUAGGCUGUGGGUCUGGUGUGGUGUCAGCAUUUGUAGCUUCACUUAUCGGACCUAAAGCUUGGUAUCUAUGUACAGAUAUUAAUCCGACUGCUGCAUUCUGCACAAUGGAGACUGCACUAGCCAACACUGUGCUCAUUGACCCUGUUGUUACUGACAUGGUAAGCGGAUUAUUGCCCCGGUUACAAGGACUAAUUGACCUUCUUCUCUUUAACCCCCCUUAUGUGGUGACCCCUUCUGAAGAGGUAGGAGGUAAAGGAAUAGAGGCAGCCUGGGCUGGAGGUAAAAAUGGUCGUGAAGUUAUAGACAGGUUUCUACCUCUGGUUCCCAAACUCCUGUCUUCAAAAGGAUUAUUGUACCUACUGGUUCUAAAAGAGAACAACCCUGAUGAGAUCCUGGAAAAAAUGAAUUCCUAUGGAUUGCAAGGAUCCAAGGUGCUGUCUAGACAGGCGGGAAGAGAACAUCUAACGAUAUUAAAAUUUUGGAAAACUACAGAUUGACAUUGAACAUAGUGACAUGCUGCUGAGUAUCCUCUAAAAGGAAUAUAUCGGAUGAUCCACUCUGUGGACAUAGUUUACCUAUCACACGCACAAAAGAGGGGAUGGACUGAGAGGUCCAUGAGGUGCAGCUUGUUCAUUCCUGGAAGCUGGUGACAUUGCAUGUGAGUUGAACAUGGUGGAUCUGAAGAGAAUAGAGCGGUGCAAUGUGGAGAACAGCAGUCUCCAGGACCAGGAUUAUGCAGAACUAUUAUUCCGCCUAGAUGUAUGUUGUCAUCUGGAGUCGUAGCCAUCAGUAAGGACAUAGUCUGAAAUGUGUAAGCAGGUUCUAUUUUCCAAUAUGUGGUUUAUAACUGUGAUUAAUGUACCGCAAUAAAAGUCAAAUUUGAACUACCUGAGUGGAUUUGUGCAGCUGCAUCUCUGUCCCAAUUGUCUAAUCAUACUGUACAUACAUAAUACAUACUGUUUAUGGUUAUGGCCCCGUGAUAUACUGGAAAUAUAACAUUUAAAGAGAAGCUGUUAGGGCUCUUUCACACGAGCGGAUGCCGUGCGGGUAAUCUGCUGCGCAAAAAAACAGCCAAGCCGCGCUCCGGACAGCAGAGGCACGGAGCAG